AUGGCUGUUGAAGAGGAUCGCGGCUCGAUCAGAUCAGCCGAGGGUGAGCCUCAAUACCCGCCUCCGGUGUCCGUGGAGAAACGGAAAUCAGAUUCCUCCUGGGGUGAUGUACCACAGACCGCAAGAACCUCAGGGUUCUCGUGGUUUAGACUAAGUGCAAAUGGGCCUCCAGGGCCCGUCGACGAGCUGAGCCUUUACAUGGGCGCUGCAUUCAGCAGCAUACCCGACGAUGACGAAUCACAACGAUCGCCUUAUUUUUCGACAUGGGCGAGCGAUGCCUCUAGCGUGACGGGGGGAGAGAAGAGAAACUCGGCCUCACAAAAGUUCGUAGUGGACUGGAACAAGCCGUACGAUCCGGAGAAUCCGAUGAACUGGGCUAUGGUGUCAAGGUGGAUUCAGAUUGUGCUUGUGAGCAUCUUGACGCUACAAGCAGCGGUCGCGUCGUCGAUGCCUGCCCCUGCCGUCCGAGAGAUUUUGAAGGACUUCAACGCGCCUGAUGGUGUGCUAUCCUCGCUCGUUGUCUCAAUCUUCAAUCUGGGCUUCGUCUUCGGUCCCGUACUAGCAGCGCCCAUGUCGGAGCUCUACGGACGAUAUCCAGCGUACAGCAUCUCGAACGUGCUCUUUCUCGCCUGCAAUGCCGCCUGUGCCGUCUCGCCAAAUCUCGGGGUUCUGCUGGUAUUCCGCUUCUUGAGCGGAUGUGCCGGUGCAGCCCCGCUGUCCAUCGGGGGCGGCACGAUCGCGGACGUCGCACCUCCAGCGCUGAGGGGCAGAGCGGUGUCGGUAUACUCUCUCGCGCCGCUCCUCGGACCAGUUCUGGGGCCUGCGGCGGGCGGCUUCUUGGCGGAGUAUGCUGGCUGGCGAUGGAUCUUUUGGGCGCUGUGCAUCAUGGUAGGUUGGCACGAGCUGUCUGUACAACAGGCAAAAGACAACGUCACUGACGAAGGCUUCGUAUCACAGGCCGGUGCUGUUGGACUCGCAAUGCUUCUGAUUCUGAGGGAAACCUCUGCAAAAGCUCUGCUCGAGAAACGAGCGCAAAAGACGAGAAAGCGUGCGGGAAAUCCCAGAUACACUUCGGUUCUAGACGACGGCGUCUCGCCCCAAAAGGCCUUCUCUCGGGCCAUCAAACGACCGCUGAGGCUCUUGAUACUUCAUCCCAUUGUGUUCUCUUUGUCUGCAUACUUUGCAGUCAUAUACGGAUAUUUGUACCUCUUUUUCACGACGGUAGCAAUGGUCUUCACUGAGAAGUACGGUUUCUCCGCAGGCUCUUCCGGCCUCACCUUCAUAGGUGUCGGGAUCGGUACAGUGACCGGCACCCUUAUUGUCUCUGUCUGGGGGGAUAAAGUAGCUACAUCACUAUCUCAGAAGCAUGCCGCCCGAAGACCGGAGUUUCGCCUUCCUUUGAUGGCGUAUGCUGUGCCGGUGAUACCAGCAGGGCUUCUGCUGUACGGUUGGACGGCAGAAAAGGGGGUGUUUUGGCUGGUGCCGAUGAUUGGAACUUUUAUUGUUGGGGUCGGGAUCUUGUUUGUGUUUGGCCCGUUGGCCUCGUAUCUGGUUGAUGCAUUUACUACGCACGCUGCGUCAGCUCUCGCCGCUUCGACAAUUUUUAGGAGCAUUUUUGGGGCCUUUCUUCCUCUCGCAGGACCCCCGUUAUACGACGCUCUGGGUUUGGGGUGGGGGAAUACGAUUCUUGCUGCUUUUGCUUUGCUUAUGGCUCCGAUACCCUGGGUGAUUAUGAAAAAAGGGGAGCUCAUCAGGGGCAAAUAUGCCCACCGUGUUUACUAG